GAGUUGUAGGUCUCCGGCCCCAGCCCGCGGGCUGCUGCCCGCACUCUGUAUGAAACUACUGGCGCCGGCGCCUGCCCGCGCGGCAGCGACGCGGGGAGCGCGCUUUGCGCUGACUCAGCGGCGACGGCGGCGGCGUUAGCGGGCCCUCGCGCUCUUUCCCUUCCUGGGGCGCCGACCCCGCCCGCUUGCUUGCUUGCCUGCUUGCCUGCUUGUACGGCGCCACGCAAGAGAAGGUGCCAGGGGACGCGGAGCGACGAGAGGCGCGCGGCCCCGGCCAGCUCCGUCUCCGGCGUUGGCGCUGCGGCCGUGGCGGAGGACUACGGCGACAAGGACGAGGGCCGCUCUCCCAGCUCUCUGCGUGCAGCGCCGCUCCCCUGGCCCACCAUCGGGAGUGCAGGCUGGGAGGCGGGAUGGAGUGAUAGGGAAGAUGUUUAUAAAUUCUUCUGUGGGAUCAGAGGGCAAGCCUAUUGUAGCCAGAAAACUCCACGUAUAGCAGCAAGGAUGGAUGAACAGGCUCUAUUAGGGCUAAAUCCAAAUGCUGAUUCAGACUUUAGACAAAGGGCCCUGGCUUAUUUUGAACAGUUAAAGAUUUCCCCAGAUGCCUGGCAGGUAUGUGCAGAAGCACUAGCCCAACGGACCUACAGUGAUGAUCAUGUAAAGUUUUUCUGCUUUCAAGUACUGGAACAUCAAGUUAAAUACAAAUAUUCGGAACUAACCACUGUUCAACAACAACUAAUUAGGGAGACGCUCAUAUCAUGGCUGCAAGCUCAGAUGCUGAAUCCUCAACCAGAGAAGACCUUUAUACGAAAUAAAGCCGCCCAAGUCUUUGCCUUGCUUUUUGUUACAGAAUAUCUCACUAAAUGGCCCAAGUUUUUUUUUGACAUUCUGUCAGUAGUGGACCUAAAUCCAAGGGGAGUAGAUCUGUACCUUCGAAUCCUCAUGGCUAUUGAUUCAGAGUUGGUGGAUCGUGAUGUAGUACAUACAUCAGAGGAGGCUCGUAGGAAUACUCUCAUAAAAGAUACCAUGAGGGAACAGUGCAUUCCAAAUCUGGUGGAAUCAUGGUACCAAAUAUUACAAAAUUAUCAGUAUACUAAUUCUGAAGUGACGUGUCAGUGCCUUGAAGUAGUUGGGGCUUAUGUCUCUUGGAUAGACUUAUCCCUUAUAGCCAAUGAUAGGUUUAUAAAUAUGCUGCUAGGUCAUAUGUCAAUAGAAGUUCUACGGGAAGAAGCAUGUGACUGUUUAUUUGAAGUUGUAAAUAAAGGCAUGGACCCUGUUGAUAAAAUGAAACUAGUAGAAUCUUUAUGUCAAGUAUUACAGUCUGCUGGGUUUUUCAGCAUUGACCAGGAAGAAGAUGUUGACUUCCUGGCCAGAUUUUCUAAGCUGGUAAAUGGAAUGGGACAGUCAUUGAUAGUUAGUUGGAGUAAAUUAAUUAAGAAUGGGGAUAUUAAGAAUGCUCAAGAAGCAUUGCAAGCUAUUGAAACAAAAGUGGCACUGAUGUUGCAGCUACUAAUUCAUGAGGAUGAUGAUAUUUCUUCUAAUAUUAUUGGAUUUUGUUAUGAUUAUCUUCAUAUUUUGAAACAGCUUACAGUACUCUCGGAUCAGCAAAAAGCUAAUGUAGAGGCAAUCAUGUUGGCCGUUAUGAAAAAAUUGACUUAUGAUGAAGAAUAUAACUUUGAAAAUGAGGGUGAAGAUGAAGCCAUGUUUGUAGAAUAUAGAAAACAACUGAAGUUACUGUUGGACAGGCUUGCUCAAGUUUCACCGGAGUUACUUCUGGCCUCUGUUCGUAGAGUUUUUAGUUCUACCCUGCAGAAUUGGCAGACUACACGGUUUAUGGAAGUUGAAGUAGCAAUAAGAUUGCUGUAUAUGUUGGCAGAAGCUCUUCCAGUAUCUCAUGGUGCCCACUUCUCAGGUGAUGUUUCAAAAGCUAGUGCUUUGCAGGAUAUGAUGCGAACUCUGGUCACAUCUGGAGUCAGUUCCUAUCAGCAUACAUCUGUGACGUUGGAGUUCUUUGAAACUAUUGUUAGAUAUGAAAAGUUUUUCACAGUUGAACCUCAGCACAUUCCAUGUGUAUUAAUGGCUUUCUUAGAUCACAGAGGUCUGCGGCAUUCCAGUGCAAAAGUUCGGAGCAGGACGGCCUACCUGUUUUCUAGAUUUGUCAAAUCUCUUAAAAAGGAGAAUGGCCACCAGUCGUUACUGAGCAGCGAUGAUCAACUUUUUAUUUAUGAGACAGCUGGAGUUCUGAUUGUUAAUAGUGAAUACCCAGCAGAAAGGAAACAAGCCUUAAUGAGGAAUCUGUUGACUCCACUAAUGGAGAAGUUUAAAAUUCUGUUAGAAAAGCUGAUGCUGGCACAAGAUGAAGAAAGGCAAACCUCUCUAGCAGACUGUCUCAACCAUGCCGUUGGAUUUGCCAGGUAUAACGUUUUUUAUCUUCAGAUACAGGUGUCCCCAUUUUUACAACAGAUGUUCAUGCCCCUGCUACAUGCAAUUUUUGAAGUGCUACUCCGGCCAGCGGAAGAAAAUGACCAGUCUGCUGCUUUAGAGAAGCAGAUGUUGCGGAGGAGUUACUUUGCUUUCCUGCAAACAGUCACUGGCAGUGGGAUGAGCGAAGUUAUAGCAAAUCAAGGUGCAGAGAAUGUAGAAAGAGUACUUGUUACUGUUAUUCAAGGAGCAGUUGAAUAUCCAGAUCCAAUUGCACAGAAAACAUGUUUUAUCAUCCUCUCAAAGCUGGUAGAGCUCUGGGGUAAGAUAAUUUUAUUUUUUAACCUUCAUUUUCCACACUCUUUCAUAAACCUUUUUUUUUUUUUUUUUUUGAGACAGAGUUUCGCUCUUGCUUUAUCUGAGUGUGCAGUGACACUGAAAACAAUUCAUCUCAAACGGGGCCCAGAAUGUGUUCAGUAUCUUCAACAAGAAUACCUGCCCUCCUUGCAAGUAGCUCCAGAAAUAAUCCAGGUAAGAGCUGUUUCCUACCAUCAUAUAGGCGAGAGAUCACAGUAGUAACAGCAUUGCCUGUGACACUGUCACCAGUAGAAAUCACAAAUAUUUUCAUAUUACAUAAGUUGUUACUAGUAUCUCAAAAUACUGGUUAUGCUUAUCACCUUUUUGGAAAUUAUGAGUUACUAAGUAAUAUCACUACACCUUGUUACUGAACAAGUUAAUAAGUCCUUAGUGUUCUACCAUAUUUUAAAUAGUCUGAUAACCAUUAUUCAGUAUAAUUGGCUUCUGUUAUAAUCCCAUGUAGUAUGUUUUACACAUUUUUUAAAGAAACAUUCUAAAAGUAGUCUAACAGGCUUUUCCAGACUGCCGAAGGGGACUACAGCAGAGUUCUGAACCUUUGUGCCAGGUAGUUCAUUGUAUGUAUGCCAAGCUUAUCAAUGUUUCAUCUGUAAAUCUGAAACUAUUUUAAGGAAAGUGUCUAGAAAGUUACCUUAUACUUUUAAGAAGUCAUUUGUAUAAUACUGUUUCUUGGCAUAUAAUUUUUCAGAUUUCUUAUCCAGUAGUACAUGGAGUUAAUGAAGUAUCUAAAACUAGAAUUAUAAUCUCUUAUGUAUAUUUCAAAAUUUGUUUCUUCAUCAUUAGUGUUUUUGUUUUCUUUAUUUUGUUGUAAGAACACUUACAUGAGAUAUAUACCAUCUUAACUAUUUUAAGUGCACAACACAGUAUUGUUAAUUAUAGGGACAGUGUUGUACCUAUAAAACAUAGGUAGAUCUCUAGAACAUAUUCACCUUGCAUAACUGAGACUUUAUACCUGUUGAUUAGCAACUCCCAUUUCCUCCAGCACCCAUUUCCUGGAAACCACCAUUGUACUCUGAUUCUGUGAAUUUGACUGCUUUGGAUACCUCAUAUAAGUGGAAUCAUACAGUUAUUUCUCUUUUUGUGGUUGGCUAUUUCACACAGUGUCCUUUAAGGUCAUCCAUGUUGUUACAUAUGGCAGGAUUUCCCAAUUUUUUAAGGCUGAAUAAUAUGCCAUUGUAUGUAUAUAUCACAUUUUCUUUGUUCGUUAAUCCACUGGUAGAUUCAUUUGGGAUAUUUUCACAAUCUGGCUAUUGUGAGUAAGUGCUACAGUGAACAUGGGAGUGCUUAUAUGUCUUUGAGAUGCUGACUCUAAUUCUUUUAGAUAAAUACCAGAAGUGGGUUUGCUGGAUCACACGGUAGUUCUAUUUUUAAUUUUUUGAAGAAACUUCUUACUGUUUUCUGUAGUGGCUGUAUACCAUUUUGCUUUUCCAUCAGUUGUGUAGCAAGGUUCCAAUUUUUCCACAUCCUCAUCAAUACUUGUUGUCUUUUUUUUUUUUU